CCACACGCGACGCAGCCAGUCUCAGGAACUAACUCUGCCAACAACACACCGCAACCAAAACCCCAGCUGAAACAACAGCAACAACAAGCUUCUUUCUCUCAUAAAUCGAAAGCGACACUUUCUCCGCAAAGCAUUGAUAAAAUCCACUACUGCAAGCACUAGCUAGAGUACAGAGCAGCAGCACUGUAACAGCAGUUUGGUCGAGAAAGCCGUACCAAGUUAACCAUACGAAAGAAACACCACCAAUUUACUAGUCAAUCAUAACGAUGGUCCGGAUAGACAAGUCUCAGCUGUCGUCGUUGCGGAACGCUUCGACGCAGGCCAUUCGAGACAAAGCCAGGGAGAUUGUUGCCACCGCAACAGAAGAGUCUACCAUCUUUGAUGAGGUUGCCAUCAAUAAGAUCCCUCGCUUUGACGGUGACGAACUCGUGCUCGGUCAUGUUCUUGGCCGCGGCGGCUUUUGUGCUGUUCGAGAGCUCAUCUCGAUCAAGAUGCCCGCCGACAUUGACGAGCUUCCUCGGCAGUCUUCCAUCAAACGCUUGUUUUGCUGCCGAGAAAAGACAUUGAACCCCGCCGCACUGUUGGAAAGCGACGAGAACGACAAUGCAGAAAUCGAUAGUGUCACGGAGACCACCAGUGAAAUGGGAGGAAUUCCACGCGAAAAGUUGGCCCGAUAUGUGUCCAAGACAAAGAAAAAGUACGGAACCAGCAAGUACGUCGUCAAGCAGGUCAACGACGAACUCCAAUACCACGACAAAGUAGCCUACUUGAAAGCGAUUGUGGACAUUGAAUUGGAGGUUAAGUACAUGACCUCCUUGAAUCAUCCCAACAUCCUGCGGAUCAGAGGAAUGUCGAGUCCCAAUCCUGCCAAUGGAGACACCUUUAUUAUCUUUGAUCGUCUAAAGGAGACUCUGGCAAAGAGAAUGCAGGAUUGGCUGCGGCGUCAUCGACAGUGUAGGGGAAUCACCGGAGCAGUGGUGGGCUCCAAAGGAAAGAAGGAAGACCUGCUUGUAGAGCGACUCGUCGCCGCACACAACAUUGCCGAUGCUCUAGACUACCUACACAACAGAGGCAUCAUCUUUCGUGAUUGCAAGCCCGACAACAUUGGUUUCUGUGGUCACGGUGCGCUCAAACUAUUCGACUUUGGACUGGCGCGUGAGGUCCAUGAAAAGGACCGUGUCAAAGGGACGGAAUUGUACCGCCUCACUGGAUUUACCGGAGCCAUUCGGUAUAUGGCACCGGAGGUUGGCCUCCGAAAACCUUACAACUUCAAGGCCGAUGUCUACAGUUGGUCGCAGCUCAUGUGGUACAUUCUAGAAUUGGAACCACCGCUCGGUGUCUACACCCCUCAAAUGUUCCGAGAACGGGUAUUCAAGCGUGGAACGCGACCAGCAGUGAUGGAUGCGUGGCCCAAUCACAUGGGUGACCUGAUGAAAAAAUGCUGGUCUCCGACUGUUUCCGAGAGACCCGACUUUAAGCAGGUCAAGGAAACUCUGGGCGUCGUACUCUUGCCCUACAACAACAAGAAGCUUCUCCCGAAUCGAUUUGGGGAGCCUUGUCUGCCCGGUGACAAGGAGUGCCGCAAUGCCAACGCAUCCGCAUCAGACACAUCGGUAAUGGAGGCUUGCGGACACCACAAACCUCACCAACACCAUCAUACCCAUGCCAUCGUCAACGAUGACUGCUGUGAUGGCGACGAGCACGCACCUGUUGUGCUGCAGCAAUGUUGAUACGCGGAUGCUGUAGUAAACAAAAAAGAAACGCAUCCGCUGCAAACAAAACCAAAAAGCAAUUGAUAAUCACUACUGUAAAAGGUUUAUAGUUUAGACUCGGCAUUCUUCUCCUACUAUACUAGCAGUUGCCGUAGUGCAUGUACUAGAUAGAAGAUGGAUACCCUGAAGUUGAAGAGCUAGCAAUACAGCUACUAUCGAUGUCGAUCCGGGAGAACAAUGCAUUGAAUGCCGAACAAUGCAUUGAAUGCCGCGACGUCGCUACGGUAGCUAGCUAGCUAGGUCGCAUGCAUGAAUUUAGUCACACCAUCCCGCCAUCAUGCAAGGGCUACCUCAUAUUGAUAGAUCUCCUGCAGUCCUAGCUACUCGGGGUCGUUUCGGAGUACCGGUAGCCGGUUCUCUCAGCUGGCGAAACAAAGUGAGUGUAGUAUGAGAUCCUGUGGGUGGGUGGUUUCGGAUGUCGCAGCUGAAUCGUCGAAUUUUUUCUGGACAACAGAACCACGAACACCGCCUCGUGCCAAUUGAACGAUUUUUAUCUGGGAAUGAAGACGUCCAACUGGCGCAAAACGAACAAGAUGAGGUAGCAUCGACAGGAUUCCAUCUAGUUCAUCGAUAAAGG